GCGGUACCCCCCACUAACCUUGUUUCUGAACAAACCGAGCUAGCUGUUGCACACCCACCACCUACCCUCUACACACUACGUUCUUAGACAUUUAUUCCCUAUUAUGGCAGAUAGAUACGCGUUCUCCCUGACAACAUUCUCUCCUAAUGGAAAGCUUGUCCAAAUUGAAUACGCACUGAAUGCGGUGAACGCUGGUGUGACGAGCAUUGGUAUUAAAGCAAGAAACGGUGUCGUACUGGCUACUGAAAAGAAAACAAACACUGAGCUUGCUUUGGGCUCUUCUCUUCAAAAGAUUUCCGGCAUCACGCCCGACGUUGGCAUGGUUUACAGUGGUAUGGGUCCUGAUUACCGUGUUUUGGUCGAUAAGGCUCGUAAAGUGUCGCACACAAACUAUAAACGCAUUUAUAACGAAUACCCUCCCACAAAAAUUCUCGUUCAAGAGGUCGCUUCUAUCAUGCAAGAGUCCACCCAGUCUGGAGGUGUCCGUCCUUUCGGUGUCAGUUUACUUAUUGCCGGAAUAGACGACAACGGUCCUUCUUUGUACCAGGUGGAUCCUUCGGGCACGUAUUUCGCUUGGAAGGCCACUGCUAUUGGAAAAUCGUCUACGGUAGCCAAGACGUUCUUGGAGAAGCGUUUCAACGAGGAAAUGGAGCUCGAGGAUGCUAUCCACACUGCUAUUCUCGCACUGAAGGAGACCUUUGAAGGUGAACUCACAGAAGACACAGUCGAAAUUGCCGUUGUUUCGGAAACCCAAGGCGAAAGCGGCAUCGUAGGCCGUCCCGGUGGUCGUUUCCACCAGCUUUCCACAACCGAAAUCCGUGAUUACCUUGAUCAGCUGUAAGCUUAAGAGUAAUGAAACCGGUGUGAACUAAGCAAUGAUGACAAACGACAAUGAUAUGGCUUUCGUUGUGUGUGUGGAAGCUAUGUGUACACCACAUCACAACGAAAAAGAGAAAAACGUUGAGCACGAACGCAUGGACCUGCAACUCUCGCUCCUAACUACACACUUUCAGUUUUCCCCCUUUCUUCAGUGACCGAUCAUGUUUGUGUGAUGAAUUUACUCUUUCUUUUCCAAGCGUCGUUGGGCUGCGGCAAACAAGAUGUCUCGUCGAUGAUUGACCGCUUCUUCAUCCAGAGGGUCUUCGCCCGAUGGGGUGUAUUCGGGUUUGUCUCCCAGGUACUGUCCUGGUCGAGACCAGGACUCUGCAGCGUCACAUUCUUUGGUAAGCCGUUUGAAGAAAGUCCAAAAGUCAGAGUCGUGUUCGGAAUGUACAUUGUGUGUGAGCUCAUGAAUCAGCGUGCUUUUCACGUCUUUAUAGUACCGAAAACCAUCAUACCUAUCGGUGCGGAUUCGAAGCUCGAUCUGUUGGCCGUGAUUGUGGUUUAAGCCCAUGGUCCGUGAUUCAUGCGUGGUAUGUUCCGCGGGCGACAUUUCUGACAAGAUGGGAACGCUCCAUUUGUACUUGUCCAUGAGUGCUUGGAUGCCAGGGUCGUGACGGAGCCGGUCCAUGUACUGCCAUGCUUGAUCCUUAUUGGGCAAGUUGAGUACUUGUAUUUCAUGGAAGGUGUACGUGGACGACUUUUUAACGUUCGACGAUGCGGGCUUCUUGGGUGCUAGUUUAACGUGAUGAAUGUCAUGGUGUGUGGAUUCUGUGGGUACAAGGGGUAACUUUGCAUUAGCAUUCGGUUUGCUCGUUAAACAGAUGAUCCUCGCAUUGUUUUUAAAAGUGUCUCCGAGAAUUUGAUCAUCACGACAAAUCCCUUUGUACAGCAGCUUUAUAGUGGAGGUGUCUUCCACAUGGAAUCGAUCUGCAAUCUUUUGCUUCAACCACAGCACCGUCUCUUUAUCAUCACAUUUAAACGUUGUGACAUCGCCUGCUCGAGAAAUCCUAAGAUCGAGUGACAUUUUGAUAUUGUUGUAAACGAUGAACCCGAAGUGUUGAUAAUCCUCAAAGGUGAACGAACCUCUAUGAAUGUGUGGAAUAAAAAAAAAUGAACGGAUAAUUAAGAAAGUGUUUGCUCCAAAACUUCUGGUUUGAGACUUUGAUACACUUGGCCGAUCACUCCCUCUUUUAUUACGUACUCUCUGCCCUUGACCGCGCCGACUUUUAAAGCACUGCUCCGGCGAUGUGUGGUGGUGAGUUUGCCUCGCUUGGUGGCGUCUGUGAUUCGUUCUCCCAGAACACCCUGGAAAGUCUUACAUAAGCUCGACUAAGCGAAGGGAUGAUGUUAGAGUAAUCAUUACUACGUCAUAUCAACGCUAACUCGCUUUCGCGCGCGCCGACGCGCAUCGGUCGAGAGAAAAAGAAUAACCUUAAUGGAAGACACUGAAAAACAACAUAAAUUGUCGUUUAAAAACAGAUUCAGCUACUUAUGAAGUUAUAUUGGAACAGGGAAUGUCCCAUUCUCGCGUUGCUCGUCCCAUUUGUCGGUCCAAUCUGCGUAUGAACAAAUCGUCAGCAAGGAGUAGAAUGAUACGAAACGAGUUACCUGAAGGACAUAGCGAGUGAUAGGCUUGCCAAAACUGUUUGCACGGAAUAAAAUCUUCUCCUUUUGCCUUAAUGCAGCGAAAAUAAUCCACAUAGUUUUGGAAACAAUCUAACAAGUAGUUAGAGCCGGCGAUUUUAGGCACAAUUCAUCUUCUUAAACGACGAGUCUGCUUACGUUUUGUUUGAUUUUGAUUGGGAAAUCUUGUUUCUAGUGUUAAAGGUUGCAUUUUAUGUACAUUAUGUAUCGGUCCACUUACCUAGCAUCGAAGCCCGCUAAAAAUGCAAAAUGUUAGCGAAUGCGGUCAAGUUAACACAAAUUGGUCAUCGAAGAAAGCGUACCAGUCUUAAAAGUGAAUUCUUCUUCUUCUUCUUCGGCCAUUGUGUGAGCUGGUGGGAGAAAGAGGAGAAUGGGACCAAGUCGAGCUGUAGGGAUGGCCUGUGGAUACCUGUUGCACGUUAACUUGCCUUAAACUUGUUUAAGGUGUUUGAUAGAGGAUUAGUGUUUCAUUCCUUUCGCUGCGUUGCCGUAUAUGUUUAUCACACUCCAAAGAUGCGUUACAUAACCGUCCAGUGCGUUAGUCCUCGGC